CAACUGGUGCAUGGCAGUGCGUGGUGCGGUGCAAAAGUACACCCAGCAACAGAGCAACACCCAGUUACCCAGUGUAUUCCAAGGUGUUCCAAGGGAAAAUGCUAUUCAAAAGGGACGUUGAGUAGCUGGAGUCCUACUCCGAGCGCGCGCAUUGCGCAAGUCACAUAUAUCUGACGCAUCGGUGUAUGUACGUAUGUCACGUACGCGAAUCCUCCACUCGUAGCCGCCUGUAGCCGCCGCUCGCGUAAUAAUUGCGCGCAUUAACACGACUGUAGUCACAGCCACACCAGCGAGGUGGUGAUUAUCCAGUAAAAGCAGCAACUAAAGGCUUCAAAAUUACGUAUAUCUCGCAAGAGGAUAUGCCGGACAGCGAGGCUGUCUACCAGCCGACCACCGUCGGCUUCACUUACGACAGCGGCGGUGACGACGCCGCUGUCAGGGCUGCCGCCGCCGCCGCCGUCGCCGAGCUGAGGUACGACUUCUGGCGCAUGGUAAUCAGGCAUAAGCGCGAUUCCUGGAAAAUGUUCAAGAUUGGGAUAAUUUUGUGCUCACUAAUCUUCUUCGUCAUCGGCCUUGCGUACACGAUCAUCAAUUUGAUAAACCUCAUCUCCUUAGAAGAGGAUACCUUGAAGUCGAGUGAUGAUGCAUUGGCGAUAAUGCCAGAAGAACAUUCAACAAUGACUCCAGAUGUACAGCAACAAAAAGUUAUAACAAGAAAUAAUUUAGCGUUAGGCGCUGGAAUAAUGGCGACCGGUGUACUGUUAACUUUUACUUGGGUAUGCGCCACUUUCAUUUAUCGCAAAUUACCAAUGAACGCCAUGAGCACUGGUCAGAUGUUGGGCGGUUUGAAUCCAUCGACUGACUUGCUGGUGGGUUCCACUUCGCAGUACGGGCCAGUACUCACAGAGGCGCCAAGCCAGCUGAAGACAAAGCAAGCCAAUCAGCCGGCCGUACCGCUUUCUGACCAAGAGGAGGAAAUGCACACGCUAAUGCAGGAUUCUGCGAACCCGCCAUCGAUUUCCGUUGGAUCUAACACCAUCACUAAUAAAAUUCCAGGUUGAGUAAAACGAUCGCUGCUCCCGUACAAGCAUAUAUAACAUGAACAUAAAAUCUUGUUUUAUAAUUUUUCUAACACGUUCAAAGAGAUUUUAUUUAUUAUCACUACAUGAUGAUUUUGCAAGUCCUUUCGUUUAAAACUCGAAAGAACCGUCGUCUCUUCUGAUUUUCAAGUCAUGGUGUCUAGCUCCGGUGGCAUUUAGCUACAAUAGGUAAUCUCUUUAAUAUUUUGCUUUAAGCUCUGAGUUGCGAUGUUAAUUUACUCCAAGUUCUAUUUAUAUUAAAGCUUACAGAUUAUGUUAUAUAAAAGUACUGAAUUUAUUACACAAAUAUUACAUAAAUAUUACAUAAAUAUGGCUUAACACAGUCUCA